AUGUCAACUAAAAACGGUGGUGAGAAUCGAUUCCCACUGGAAACCCGAAACAUUCGAGAUCACAAAUGCAGAUUACUAGCUGAGAAAUUUGAAAUGAAGCGGAUUUUUCAUAAAGCAAUGAGCAAAGAUAACAGUUUACCAGCUGAAUUGAGAGACGAACAUCGUCUUAAGUUGUCAAAGUUGCCAAGGAAUAGUUCAUUUACAAGAAUUGUUAAUCGAUGUGUUUUCACUGGUCGUGCUCGUGCUGUUUAUAAGAUGUUUCGUAUGUCCAGAAUUGUGUUCCGUGAUUUGGCUGAUAAAGGGGCUUUGACUGGUGUUAAGAAAUCUUCUUGGUAG